GGAACACAACGGGCAGCUGUCAGGGUCCCUGGGGACCACACAAGGGGUCUGGGAGGCUGGCGGGACGUGUCUCAGGACGGGGGCAGCCAGUCGCCACUUCCUGACAGGGAAAUCAGGGCAAACCGCAGCCCCUCCUUCUCCCAGUUUCUCCUUUUCUCCCGGCGGCGGGUGAGCCCAGCUGGGUAAAAUGCUGCAACGUGGGCACAAGACAGACACCCCCCACCCCCAGCAGCUGCUGGAGGGGCUCCCAAACGGCCCUUCGCUACCCCUCAAGUGCCACUCCCACCCAACAGCUUGGCGCAGGACAGCGGCAAGGGACACGGGGCGGCCCGGGCAGGUGCCACCCAGCUGCUGGCAAAUGCGGGGAGCCAGGGCGUGGGGCGAGGGCCACUCCCCGCCCUCUGUCACCCGGGGAAAGAACUUUGCUCCGUGGCGAGGCCCGGCCAGCGCCGCGCCACUGCGGACAGACGCGGAAGUCGCGGCCCCGCCGAGCGCCAGGCUGGUGUUGGGGGGGGAGUCACCGUCACCCCAGGGACGCCCCAGUCCCAGCUGCGCCCCACAGCUGCCAGGAGCUGCUCAGCAGAGGCGAACGGGAGGUGAGAGAGGCCGGUGCCGUGGGGGGCAGAGCCAUGAGUGUGCGCUGAGCCCCCCGCCCUCCACCCCGACCCCCCCGGGACUCUCAUCCACCCCGAGCCCCCCGCCAGGAUGCGGGGGCCGCAGCGCUCACUCUGCCUGCUGCUGGUGGCCACGGCCUCGCUGGCCGCGCUCUGCCUGCGCCUCUGGGCCCCCCGGGGCCCCCCCAGCCUGGACCUGCGCCGCCCCCCCCCCCGAGCACCUGCUGCCCCCCCUCCUGCCCCCCCCUGCCCGCUCCUACCCCCACGUCCCCUUCCGCUUCAAGGAGGAAGUCAUGGAGCUGCUGCCCAGGAACGGCUGCUCCUGCGAGGCGGAGCCGGGGCUGGCGCUGCCCCUGCGGCCGCAGCUCUUCGGCCACGGCCCCGCCGUCGAGUUCGCCACCGCGUUCGCCCCGGGCGAGCGGCCCCGCCUGCAGCGGCAGCGCGAGCGCGAGUACCGCCGGCACCGCCUGCGGGUGCAGUCCCCGGCCGAUCAGCUGCUCAUCGUCCGCGCCAACUCCCCCCUCGAGUACCCGGCGCAGGGGGUGGAGGUGCGGCCGCUGCAGACAGUGCUGGUGCCCGGGCUCAGCCUGCAGGCAACGGGCAGGAAAACCUACCAGGUGAACCUGACGGCCACCAUGGGGACACUGGCCGUGGCGGCCGUGGUGGAGGGCGUGGAGCUGCGUGGGGAGGGGCAGCCCCACCUCUCGCUGGCCGCCGCCCGCCUGGACCACCUCAACCGCCAGCUGCAGUUCGUCACCUACACCAACACCCUCUUCCACCCCGACACUGCCGACAUCGUGCAGUUCUCCACCGACGGGCACGACGCCGCCUUCGCCAUCCGCAUCCGCCACCCGCCCACCCCCCGCCUCUACGGCCCCAGCCCCCCCGGGGACGGCGACGGGGACAGCGACGGGGAUGGAGGGUACAACAUCACGGCGCUGGUGACCAUCGCCACCAAGACCUUCCUGCGCUACGACAAGCUGCGGGGGCUCAUCGCCAGCAUCCGCCGCUUCUACCCCUCUGUGACCAUCGUGGUGGCCGAUGACAGCCAGCGCCCCGAGCCCCUGCAGGGCCCCCACCUUGAGCACUACCUCAUGCCCUUCGGCAAGGGCUGGUUCGCCGGGAGGAACCUGGCGGUCUCGCAGGUGACCACCAAGUACGUGCUGUGGGUGGACGACGACUUCAUCUUCACCCCCCGCACCCGCCUGGAGAAACUGGUGGACGUGCUGGAGAAAACCAGUCUGGACCUGGUGGGUGGUGCGGUGCGGGAGAUCACGGGCUACACCACCACGUACCGGCAGCGUCUGAGUGUGCUGGGGGGCGGUGCGGGGGGCGACUGCCUGCGGACGCGGCCUGGCUUCCACCACCGCCUGGCCGGCUUCCCCGCCUGUGUUGUCACCGACGGCGUCGUCAACUUCUUCCUGGCCCGCACCGACAAGGUCCGGCAGGUCGGCUUCGACCCCCGCCUGCGCCGGGUCGCCCACCUCGAGUUCUUCAUCGACGGGCUGGGGGUGCUGCACGUGGGGUCGUGCGAGGACGUGGUGGUGGAUCACGCCUCGAAGCUGGCGCUGCCGUGGCGCCGGACGGAGGGCGAGCGGCAGUACGCCCGGUACCGGUACCCGCCGGCUCGCGACGACAGCCUGCGCCUCAAGCAUCGCCUCUUCUUCUUCAAGAACCGCUUCAAGUGCAUGGCCGGCAACUAGCCCCUGGCCACCCCGGGCCCACCGCCGUGGGACACCACCCCCUCCCCCCCGAGGGCCACCGCCACGGGCCACCACUGAGGGGACUGUGGCCACCCUGCAGCACCCCCGGACCCCUCCCCCCCCCCCCGCGGUGUUUUUAGCUAUUUUGUACUUUGGGGGGUGGGGGGUGGGGGGGAAGGAGGGGGAUGGGGGGGACACGGACCCCCCCCAGGGGAUCCAGGCAUCCGGACGCCCCCCCCCCCCCUCUUUUUUUGUCCUCUCCCCCAGACUCAGUUUUCUAUUGUACAGCCCCUGUCCCCACGCUGCUGCCAGGAUUUUUGUGCCAAGUCUCAGCCCCGGCCCCCCCGGGACCCCCAGGGCCAGGCUGGGGGAGGGGCUGCCCCCCCGCCCCGCCCCCCCCCCCCCCCCCCAUUUUCUACCCGAUGGAUGGUGAGAUUUUAACCAGACCGAAAUCUGCCUCUUUGUUCAGAAAAAGGGGGAGCCCUGCCCCGCUCAGGACACGCCCCCUCCCGCGUUAGCCCCGCCCCUUCUAGGCAACGCCCCGCGUGCUAACUCCACCCCAUUCCCAAGCACCACCCACUUCUAUUAGCCACACCCCUUUAUACGCGCCAUCUUGGCCCCGCCCCUUUCAGCAAGCCCCACCCCAGCACUGCCCCAUCUGCAAAGCCACAGUCACGCCCACCUUGACCACGCCCAUUAAAGCUCCACGCCGUUCUUUA